AUGAGAGUUUUGGAGGCAGAGGAUGAUACUGUUAUAAGGGGACGAAGAAUGAGAAUGCAUAGUGUGAGCACUGAUACAACUCACAUGAUUGUAACUAGCUCAUCGACACCACUUUUAUUACCUUUAACAAAUAAGACAGCACCUGUUCUCGAAGAAAAUAACUUUGUAGAAUAUAAUUUCGAAUAUUUACAAGAAAAAAAACGAACAAUUGGAGAAAAACUUGAUACCAUAUUGCAUAUAUGUAGAAGGCCUUUCUUUUAUUUGUGCAGUUGUGCUGGAUUAAUAACUAAUUUACCUUUAUUUGAUGGACCACAAGUACAAAAUAGAGUAAUUUGUCUUGGAGUUUCAUUAGUAUUUCUAAUUGGCCAUUUAGUGAUUUGUAUGAGAGAUGCACAUAAGAAACAAUGUGAAAGAGGACUUUGGUCAUUUAUUAUUGGUUGGGUGUUGAUUGUAAAUCUGAGAUUUGGCUAUUGUUCACUCAAUCCUCUUUUCAUUGGUGAAAGAACUUGGAAAAUAUCAACAGUUUCAUUAAUAUUUUGCAUUAUAUUCGCCAUUGUAUCUUUAACAGAGGAAAUAAUUGUAUUCUUUUGGAGAAGAUGGAUUCUUUACCAAGAAGAAGAGGAUUCAAAAGACACUAUGGAACAGGAAAGAUAUGAAAUUGAUGAAAAUGAGCAAUUGAAAGAAGUCAACCACCUUGAUUUCUCUUUCCUUAAAAUUUACUAUUUAGCAAUAACUAGAGGAUUGGCCUUUGGGUGUCUAUUAUUUUUAACUCAUUGGCUUUUCAGUUCUUCAACUACUCUUGUUCGGUGGAGUGGUCUACCAGGAUUUCCAUAUAAUUUGAGCAUUUUGAUUGCACUAAAUAUUGGACUAGUGAUUUCUAGUGUAUCACUUAUUUUCAGAUCUAUAAUUGGAGCUAUAUCAUUGCUAACAUUUUGCUUUAUUUUAUCCUAUUUACCUACAGAUGAUUCCUCAUUUUCUAUUGUCAUUCUAACAAGCUCAAUUAUUGCUUCUAUAGUUCUACCAACUGCAUGGGUUUAUGUAUUGAUCCGAAAAAAUACUGGUUAUGCCUAUCCUACAUCAAAUCUUUCAACUGCAAUUUGUGCUUUCAUAGCUCUUGCAACAUACAUGUUUCAAGUUAUUUUAUUGGAGUUUUCCUCCCCUUCAAGCAUAAUAGAUCCAAGUGUUGUUUGGAUUUCAACAAUUAUUAAUAAGAGAGCACACACCCUUUUAAUUUUCAGCUCUGUAAUAAUUUCUACAUUUGGAAUAGGAUUGGGAAAUCUCAUUAGACGACCUGUUAUUGGAAGAAAGGAAGAUCCACUCGUUGAAAAGCCAACCAGCAAGGAAAAUAGAUAUACUUUUAAGGGUUUUGUUAAAUGGUUGAUAAGAGAGGAUGAAUCUGAAAAAAAAGAAUCUCCAUUUGCUCAUAUUAAUAAGCGUGUAUUGGCUGUGAUUAUUAUCAUUAGCGUAUUUUCAGUGCUUCCAAGUUUAGGAUAUAGACUAAUGUACCUUAAAACUCCAACAAACCAAUACGGAGACAAGCUCAUCAUUGUUACCUUUAAUGUUCACAAUGGUUAUGAUAUUUAUGGAAGAAAUAACUUUGACCGUGUUUUACAAACCUUAAAAGAUUUGAAAGCAAGUGUUAUUGGAUUACAAGACAGCGAUACGAAUAGAAUUUCAGCAUCUAAUAACGAUUUAUUGGAAUAUUUGAGCUUCUACCUUAAUAUGCAUGAAUAUUAUGGGCCAAGUUUAAGAGAGGGUUCCUUUGGUAAUUCAAUUCUUUCCUCAUAUCCACUGGGAGAAAGAGGCUUCUACCUUCUUCCCUCUGAUCAAAGUGAACAAGCUGUAAUGGUAAAGGCCUAUGUGAGAGUGAAUGAUCCUGAGGUAUUAAUGUCUUCUAACAUGACCAAUUUCUACUUUUUCACAAGCAGUUUCUCUGUCAGAAAUCACCAAGAACAAAAUAAGCAAGCUCUCUAUGCCAGCCGUUUACUCACGGCCGAAUGGAAGGAAAGCAAAAUUGCAAAUAGACAAUUUGAAACCAUGUUCCUUGUUGGAGAUCUUAAUUUCAAAUCGACCAAUAACUUUUUCAAUCAGACAUAUAUGCAUCCAGUUAUUAGUCAUGAAAUUAUUAGAAAUAAUUCUUCUAAAUCCUUCACAACAUUUGAUUACAUUGCCAUGUCACCUAAAAAUCAUACUCAUUGUCGAUACAAACCAAUCAAUUCCACAAUUGUCUAUAUUGACAAUCUUAUUUCAGAACAUCCACCUCUCAUGACACAAUUCAUUCCAAUUGGUGAAAAUUAA